CAAACGUCUCAUCGUAGUCAAUUCCAUAAGUUUGACUAUAUCCUCUGGCGACCAAUCUGGCCUUAUACUGUUCCACCUUCUCUUCGGGAUUCUACUUCACUUUAUAGAUCCACUUACAACUCACUGCUUUCUUUUCUGCUGGCAAUGUGGUUAGCACCCACGUCUUGUUUUUUCCCAAUGCUUCCAACUCCUCUAUCAUCGCUUCAUGCCACUUCGGAUCUUGCUUUGUGGCCCUCCAUUCUUUUGGGAUUGACACAGUUUGAAGAGACGCAACAAACACUCUAAUAGGAAGGAGACAAAGCCUCAUAAGACACAUAAUUUUCCAGUGUCAUGAUCAUCAAAAACCUCCGGUGGUAAAGCCUUUUGUGUUGCUUCACGUGUCCCCUUUCGCAACGCAAUAGGCAGUUCCACUGUGUCAGAUGAGCUUGCACCACUGCCUUGCUGCUCCCCCUGCACUUGUGGUUGCCAUCGAGAAUAUACCAGACGAGUGUCAGAUGAGUCAUGCACUUGUGGCACUUGUGGUUGUCGUCGAGAGUAUACUAGGGGAGUCUUCUCCAUCGAUCUCGAAUAGGGAGUUGGAGAUUACCAAUCUGAAUGGAACCCACUGGUGGCUGGACUUGAACCUGCACAUCACCAUCAGUGAGAGUACCAACUGGAAUUGUACCCACAAUUGGCUGGACUUGAAACCGCACAUCAUCAUCAGUGUUGGUGUCCACAGAACCCUCCUGAGUGCGAGAUACAACCUUCUCCCCCUCUUGACCAUUCUGCACAGAGUGUGAAUGGUCAAGCCCUUGAAACAACACACUUAGAUCUGUGGGGUCACCAUAGAAUGGCUCAGACUCCCUGAAGGUGACAUCCAUACUGACAAACCUACGCUUCUCAGAGGGACACCAACAUGUAUACCCCUGUUGACUAGAAGAAUAGCCCAGAAAAAUACACUUCACUGCUUGCGGAUCAAGUUUCCCAACAGAAGGAUGAUGAUCACGAACAAAACAAGUACUGCCAAACAACUUUGGGGGAACAACAAACUUAGUUUCUCCAUAUACUAGCUCACACGGCGAUUUCAUGCCUAGUAUUCUUGAUGAUGUCCGGUUGAUCAGGUAUGUGGCUGUCAUAACUGCUUCACUCCACCAGAACUUGGGCACAUUCAUUGUAAACAUCAAUGACCGAGCAACCUCAAGAAUAUGUCGAUUCUUCCUUUCUGCCACUCCAUUCUGAGGAGGGGUGUCUAGGCAUGAUGUUUGAUGAAGAAUACCUUGAUCAGACAAGAAGGCCCCAAAGGUGUUGUUCACAUACUAUGUACCAUUGUCAGUCCUGAUCACCUGCACCUGCACCUGAAAUUGAUUCUUCACGAAGGCAUGGAAAUUCUGAAAACAGCUAAACACCUCAUCUGUGUGACGCAUCAAAUAAAGCCAAGUCAUACGAGAAUAGCAAUCAAUGAAUGUAACAAAGUACUUCAUUCCGUUCAUUGACACAACUGGGAAAGUCCAUACACCCGAAUGAAUCAACACAAAAGGGGAUAUGCUUCUAAGUCCCUUACUCACAUAUAAGGCUCUUGUGUGUUUGUUUGGCAUAUUCGCAAGCAUCACAUGCCAACUUGCCCUUGCCUAUCCCACACAUAACAUCCGGAAAGAUUCUACUCAUCUUAUCAAAAGAUAUAUGCCCCAUCUACAGUGAUGGAUCAUCGCCUCCUUCUUCUUGUCCUCCAUGGUCGCAGCACACACCAAGUCCGGCUGCACCUCCUGGUCCAUGUACCAGAGCCCCCUACGCCUGGUGCCAGUCCCAACCAUCUGCCUCGUCUGUCACUCCUGAAUCACCCAACCGAAUUUAUCAAGGAUCACACGACAGUCUAUGUCAUCAAUGAGAGCACUGAAAGAUACCAAAUUGACAGGAAAAGCUGGCACAUGUAAAACUGAGGAUAGGGAGAUGGUUGGAGUGCACUUUACUGUACCAACCCCUAUGACAUGUUUUGUGCCAUCAACCGUUUGUAUAGUGCCCGUGUGAGAAGGGGGAUGCUUAUUGUAAGACUCGAACACACAGAAUUUACUAGCAACAUGCUUAGAUGCUCCAGAGUCAAGAACCCACUCUGGAGCGCUUUCAUUAGUAGCAAGAGAUGCUCUUUCCGAAUUACCUUCAUCAGUGGAGGCCUAGUGAGCAAAGUGACCAUAGGCUACAUCAUUGCCUUUUGACGUCCCCAUGUCUCCUGCAACGGCCAUGUGAGCUCUCUGACCCCUCGAGUGUCCCGAGUAGCCACCUCUCCCCUAGAAGCCUGACCCCCUAAGGUCUGUGAGUAUCCACCUCUACCUCUAGCACUCCUGCCUCUGCCAGUUCCCCCUCUGUUGUAUCCCCUGCCUCUGCCACGAGUUGGACAUUCCCUCUUCCAGUGUCCUACCUCCCCACAGAUAUGACAUUUGUUGGGAUCUCCCCACUCCAUGCGCUCAGCGACUGCAAAUGUCGAAGCUGGCACAACCUUCACGUUUGCAUGCUCAAGAGUAGGCGCACCUCCUCUUGAGUCAUCACUGCAAUAGCCUUGGCAAUGGUAGGCAGACUAGGUUGGUGCAGCAGAGAAGCCUUCAUGCCAUCAAAGCAACCUUUGCAGCCAGCCAAAAGUUUCAGCACACGUCUGUGUGCCAUCCAUUUGUGCCCUGACUCGAUUGAAGCCGCAUCAUAGAGUUCCAAAGGGUCGCGGUUAUCCUGGUCAGCCCACGGAGCCUGCAGUUCUGCCACGUAUGCCAUCACUGACAUGUCAUCAUCUUGGCGCAGCAACCUAAUCUUGUCCUCAAUCUGAGCAAUGAGCAUGACAUUGCCCUUGCCAGAGUACUGGGUGGACAGAAUCUUCCAUAUCUCAGCAGGUGUGGAUAGUCCCUCCACGGAGCGUCCAAUGGAGGGCACCAUGGAGUUAAACAACCACACCAUAAGUACAGAGUGGAUGGCCGUCCACCUCUUUCCCUUUGCACUACACUUGUCUCCUGGUUCUGCAACGAUGCCCAACAAAUGUCCAUCAAGCUCCUUCUGCUCCACAGCCCACAAAGCCCUCCUGGACCAACUCAAAUAAUUUGUCGCCCCCUCUAGCUUCAUGUCCAGGGGCGGCAUUUUGAGUUUCUGAGACACUUCCUGUCAGGGAACGAUGGCCCUAGAGUUGGACUCUGCGAGGAUCUUCGCGAGCUUCUCGAAAGCCUCAGCAACAACAUUUGGUUCAGCCGUCGUUGGUCGGGAUAAACAGCAGCAGUAGCCCUCAGAAUAACACACUCCAGUUACUCAACAGUAGCAGCUCUCAACGACGGCAACCACACCGCAGCAAGUCCCCAAAAGAAAAUUUGGAUCCACAGCCUCACGAGCAAGCUGCAGAGACAAAUAGCAACAGCAGACACAACAGCGGUCCAGCUCGAGGACUUCCUAAUCCAAAUCGAGCUCCCACAGAGCCGCACCUCCUCUGCCGCGCUGCCACAGCACCGUCAGCCGCCUCUGCUCCUAGCUCCGUCGUCGCCGGCCACGCAGCUCCCGCGCCGUGCCAUCACGUCACAGCACCGCCGCCUCUCGCGCACGCGCACGGCUGCGCCCGCAGCCGCCUCUCCCCGCCUGGCCCUGCCUGGGUCCCGCCACCUCGCUAGCGAGUGACUACGCCGCCGCCGCCUGGUCUGAUACCAUGUUGGUACGGGAGGGAAGUACCUUCAGACAGGAUUCCUUCUUGUGUCUGGUGGCUCGCGUGGUACACUGUGUGGCAGCUCGCACGGGGCAGAGGAGAAGCACCUCUUCUAGGUCAGAUCCACUCAUGGGCUUGGGCCCAACAGACAUAUCAAGAUGGGCUAGGGUCCAUACUGGUUCAACAGUGGGCAGCUACUUGAGCUAGUCGUUCUUGGAAGGGUUGAAGAACCGGCUGACAAGGAGAGCUCAUAAUGGAAGAAGUGGAGUGUCACCAACUCCCUGGCCUAGAUAUUGAACUCCAUGAUUCUAGGCUUUGCAGUGUCUGUUGAGGCAUUGCCAAAUGCUUCUACUGUGUGGAGUAUGCUUGUCCACGAGGUAUUCCGGUAAGGGAAACCUGAUGCUCAUGUCUUAAAUUAAAGACAAGAUCCAUGUUGUUCGUCAAGGUGAAGAACCAUGCUAGUGUAUGUGAAUAAGCUGCAACACCUUUGAGCAGAUCUGGAUCAGUGUGAUCCCCUUGAGCUUCCACAUGCAGAGUCCAUGGAGAUUAGUGUGAUCCCCUUGAGUUUCCACAUGCGGAGUCCAUGGAGAUUGACAGGGAGUGGGUUCAGCACAGGUGUGUGAUGCAGUUUCUAAAAGGCCUAGAUCAAGCUUUUGAGAGUAGGCAUGUUGCGCUGCUAGAUGAGCCGACGUUUGUGUCUCUUGAUGAGGCCAUUGUUGUGAUGUCCCAAGAAGAGGCACGCCUGCAGUCAAGAGAUGGAAAUGAAUAUGUUUAUAGAGUGGCUAACCCGCGAGGUUUUGGGGAGUUCCUGCAGAAGAGACAUAGGCCGAGGGUAGUGUUGGCAGUAGCAGCCGAGGUGGUUGGAAUGGGAGUGGUGGUUCUUGGAAUGCUCCCAAGGCAAAUGUAGCUGCUUCAGCUGAAGGAAAGCAACCUGCAGGAGGGCAGGAGACUACUACUAGCUAUGCCAACUUUGUCGAUACAAAUGAAGGUAACAUUGAACACACAUCAAUAGCAGACCAUAAAAUAAACUCUAAAUGGUGCUUGACUCUGGAGCAUCACAACAUGUUGCAGGAGACUUUUAAUGAGUUUAAACCUUAUGUUCCACACUCUCUCGCACAUCAGAAAAACAUUCACAUAGCAGAUAGGACAGCCCAACUCAUCACAGGUGUUGGGAUAGUUAGUUGCACACCGAAUAUUGGAUUAUCCUCAGUGUUGCAUAUGCUAGCUUUUCCCAUGAACUUAGUGUCCUUGAGUGCUUUGGUUGACCAAAUUGAUUGCCGAAUAAUUCUUGACAAGGUUGAGUUCUUGAUCCAUGAGAUCGGCGGGCAGGAGUCUUUGGAACUGGAACAAGGUGUAGGGGGUUGUGGUACAUGAAGCGCAACAUGAUGGACCGGGACGCAAUGGGCAUGCUAGCUGUUGUUGCUGAGGAUAAGGAGACUAGAGACUUAAUCCAUCACUGUAGGAUGGGACAUGUGUCUUUUGGUAAAGUGUCUCAAGUAUUUCCUGAUGUAAUGAGUGGUGUGUUAGGUUACUGGCCAUUGGGCGUUUCCAGUGACUUUAGUCCCACCUCGGUUACGGGAGGAGGCUAGAACCACCUUAUAAGGGAGAGAGCCACAGUCCCUUCAAGCUAGUCUUUUGGGAUGUGAUGGGCUCUCUGCUUGUAGUCGUGGGCCAGAGACACUAACAGGGCAUGGACAAGAGCAAGCUGCACCGUGAUGUGUGUGAGUUUGCUAAACAUGAGAACCUCAUAUGUGAGUAAGGGGAUUGGGAGCAUAUUUCCUUUUGUGUUAAUCCACUCUGAUGUAUGUAGUACUUCGUUAUGUUCAUUGAUUGCCAUUCGCGGAUGACUUGGAUCUAUCUUCUGAAACAUAAAGAUGAAGUGUUUCAAUGUUUUUUAUGCACUUGUUCAGACUCGAUUUAAUGUGAAAAUUCAAGCACUCAGACCCGACAACGGCAUCGAGUAUGUUAACAAGUAGGAUGCAAAUUUGGAACCUUUAGGGUACCCUCCGACCCUACUUAGUUCAACCAAAUGAAUUAAAGUUUCAAAAUUGAGGUGAUUCUGAAUUUUUUUUAGUUCAUUUAGUUGAACAAAAGGGGGUCACAGGGUACCCUCAAGGUUUCAAAUUCGCAUGCCUAUUAACAAGGUAAUUGGUGCUUUCAUGUUGGACAAGGGCAUCCUGCAUCAAACAUCUUGUCCGGACACACCUCAGAAUGGGAUGGCAUGGAGGAAAAGUCGCCACCUGCUAGAGGUGGCCCGGGCAUUGAUGUUCACCAUGAAUGUGCCCAGGUUCUUGUGGAGUGAAGCUGUCAUGAUGGUCACUUUCUUGAUCAACCACAAGCCAUCCCGGGUCACAUGUAUGAAAUCAAGGUGUGAGUUGGUUUUCAUAGAAAAUAAAUUUCCAGAUCCCCCCAAGGUGUUUCGUUGCACUUGUUUUGUUCGUGAUCAUAGGCCAUCAGUAAACAAAUUGGAUCAUCGGGAAGUCAAGUGUAUCUUUAUUGGGUAUUCUUCAAGAUAAAGAGGAUAUAAAUGCUGGAGUCCGUCUGUGAGGCGGACAUUUGUGAGCAUGGAUGUUACGUUCCGUGAAUCGGAACCUUUUUAUGGUGAGAAAGCUGAUCUAAAUGUCUUGUUUGAAGAACUAGACUAAUGUCCCCAACCGGAAAUUGGUCAAGAGGGGGGAGAGUAGUAGCACACAUAUGCGAAUGAUGCAGUAGUUACCUUUAGCAACAUGCGGCUCAUUAGUAACUCUUGUGGUGCAUGUAAUACAAGCAUUAGCUUCCACCGGUGAUGUAGUUACACCGGCUCAGACUGGUAGUGUGACGAGGUGGACAGCAGGACAACAGAGCAAGGUGAACAACUAAAGGUGUAUUCACGGAAGCGUGCACCAACUCAGAUUGGUAGUGUGCCAAGGUGGACAACAGAGCAAGAGAAGGAGCUAAAGGUGUAUUCAUGGAAGCAAGGUGGUGGGGUUGCACAUCAGGGAGCAACUAGAUCAGCCACUGACGGAACAACAGGGUAGUACUCAUGUGAUUUCCAUCUCCUCUAACGCAGACUAGGCUGAAGGGUCAAUUAAGGGGAAAAUUGCAUUGAGAACUAUUCGAGCAACAACAAGGAUACCAGAGAAAUGGUAUAGGUUUGAUGACAGUGAUAUUGGGAAGUAUGUCUCCUAUGAAGCAUUAUCUUCAUCCCACAAAACAUUUGUUGCUUCUCCUCAAUCUGUGUCAAUUCCGACUGACUGGAAGAAGGCAAAGGACUCAAAGUGGCGACUGGCCAUGGUGGAAGAGCUGGAGGCUCUGUGUAAGAACAAGACAUGGGUACUAACAUCCCUUCCAACAGGAAAGAAGGCAUAGCUGCAAGUGGGUAUACACUGUGAAGUAGAAUGUAGAAGGGCAUGUUGAAAGGCGAGGAGGUACAACCAAGACAUUGACUACGAUGAGACCUUUGCUCCAGUAACAAACAUGAACACCACGAGGAUUCUGAUCUCAUAUGCAGCCGACUAAGAAUAUACUGGAAUAAUCGGGGAGGCGUGAACUGAUUAAGAAUCCUGUCAGGGAGGAGUACAUCACAUCUAGCUUACAAAAUGUGACAUUCCAGCAUUCCCAUCUAAAAGAGGAAUGGUGUGAACCGACAUGACUAGACCCACUCCCACCCCCACCCACCCCGUUGUCGUUGUGUUCUACUCCCCUCCUAAAAAGUCUCACUGCUCCCUUAACCCUCGAUGCUCCCUCAACACUAGCCGCUUCCCUCAAGCCUUGCCACAAACUUCCCAUUCUCUACUUUCUAUCUCUACCUCUGACACGACCUCCAUUCUCUUAGUUUUACUUUGGCGGUGCUACGUAGGUCCACUCAUCACUGUGGUUAUGAGCACAAGGUGGACAACCACAUAACAAAUCAUCGAUAAUCAAAUUCAUGAGUAAGCACUUGGCGGAUCAACUCGUUGAUGAUCAGAACUUUGAGUCCAUGGUGGCUAAUUCCAUGGCGGAUCAGCUCGUUGAUGACCAUAUUAUGGAUUUAAUGGAGGACACCACCUCUAGUUUUUGUGACAAUUACAAUCUUGGUGAGUUCACUCCUCUUUUCUGCUGGUUUGUCUGUACAGUCUUUUGUGGAAUAUGGCAACGAUCUAUCAUGGAGGUGGUGAAGAGUAAAAUCGAUGAUGAAACUUAGGGGAAUUGGUCAUCGGAGUAGUUUUUUUUCCUACCAUGAGAACACCAACUCAUCCCAAUUCUCAUGUAAUUUGGGUUGCCAUUCGUUAUUUGAAUAUUUUUAUGUGUAAAGAUCAUGGCAUGCCUUCAUCCAUUUCUGAUCAUGCAAAUUUUGUUUCCCUUUCUUCCCUUAUAUGUAGAGAAAAUGCAACUAGGAGGCAACCCCUUGAUCAAUUAUGGUGAGUUCCUGUGUUCUACUCACUACAACCACCGCUCCGGAGGUGUGUGUGGGGGGGGGGGAGUGAACCGUGUUUCCCUUCCCACAAGUGAAUACAGGUAGGGUUAGGUUUUAGUGUCCGGCAUGAGGGCAAUGAGGGUGUUUAAUAUUCUUUUAUCGUUUCUUCCUCGCCAUGGUUAAAUUGAAGAUUUGGUGGCCUUUGUUGGCUCGUUGUCCGCUCAGGGUAGCGAGAUUCGUUUUUUUGUUUGUGGAUGGAGGUUGUUGCUUCUCGGAGGCAAGUUGUCGAGAUGAGAUCGACGAUGGCUUUGUUACAGGGGUGGUUGUCCGAAGUGUUAAGCUUCAUGCACUAGCCAACGCAACCAAAAGUCUGAACUGAUGGAAAGGUGUAGGCACCCACAUAUACACUUCAACACCCCCUCUCACAUGUGAUGCGGGAACUAAGUGAAUAGAGUCAGAGGUAUGGCUCAAGGCCUAUAUGUGGACGCAGAGGGGGCAACAACAAUUUUUGGAUAAAUUGCGAAAGCCAGGACUUGAACUCAAGACCUUAGGCUCUGAUACCAUGUUAAGCUUCAUGCACUAGCCAAUGUAACCAAAAGUCCAAACUGAUGGAAAGGGACAGGCAAUCUACAUAUACACUUCAACACAAAGUUGGUUGAUAUAGCGUUCUUCCAUAAUAUCGUGGCGAGAUCCAUGUGGUGGAUCCAGACCUAGGUCAACACGGGGUUGUCCCACUGCCAAUGUGACUCAAUUCUUGCGAUGAGCCUAUUAUUCGACUCUCAAUUAGUCUUCGAUGAUGGCACUUAGUUCUUGCAUUGAUGGAGGUUUGGCUUCUCAAAUGAACACCUUGAUGGUGACUAAGGUUGGCAGUAACCAUGGCCUUGGUGUGUGCAAGAGCCACUUAGCGCCUAAUAUUAAUUUUCUAUUCCGUGGGUUCUUUCCUACACAAAUUCCAAUGACUUCUCGCGGUCUCUAGCAGUUUUCGAUGCAUUUUAUCCAAGCCUUGUUGAUAUGAGGAUGCACGAUUACUACGAAAAAUGUGAUUAGGUAAAACCUAAACCAUCUAAUGUAUAACAUCGGCUCGAGUGCACGGUAACCACACCCCUCUAACCUAUCCCUCACACAAUGUAAAUCCAAACAUGGCCAACUUGAAAAGAUAACCAUUGGUGGACUCCAACAGUGCCCAUGAAAGUCCAAGGAUGGCAUAGCUAUUAAUCAAAAAUCUAAAGAUGGCAUAGUAAUUAGUCAAAAUCCAAAGAUGGCAUAACUAUUAAUCAAAAAUCCAAAGAUGGCAUAGCAAUCAAUGAAAAUCCAUAUUUGGAUUUUCAUUUAUUUUUUGCCAUCUUUGGGUUUUCAUUUAAUGAUUUGCCAUCUUUGGAUUUGUAUUUAUUACUAUGCUAUCCAUCUUUGGGUUAUCAUUUAUUGUUUGCCAUAUUCGGAUUUUCUUUUAUUUUUUGCCAUCUUUGGGUUUUCAUUUAAUGAUUUGCCCAUAAAACAAAAUAUCCACGACAAUUUUAGAUCCCAAAGUAAAUAUCUUUUUACUAAAAAUGCAGUCACCCCCUUCAUUGUAGGAUAGUCACCACCACAAAAUGGUGAAAGGACAACUGUAAAUAGCUCAUGUAAAUUCCAUGUAUUUUUGGGGUCCUCUAUGAAAUUUUGACCCGCCCUUUCCCUAUAAAAGCUCUGGAUUUGUUCAUAUGUUUGGUACUGAGUUGUCGAGAAAAAAUUGAAGGGGGGAGUUUUCUGGUUGUUGUUGUGUCGAGAGGUGAAAGGGAAGGAGGGGCCAUGUCGGAGGCGGCGGGUGAGGCGGCAUAUGGUGCGGACAUGCCCGAGAGCCCGCUUCAUCCUCAGCCACAACCCAUCGUUGGUGGCCGCCUGGACGACGCCCACGAAGGUAACGCUUCCUAUUCUGCACCGCACUCAUCGUGUCCCACGGCCAACAACGGUGUUGUGCAUGUGCCUGCCAUGAGCGCGAGCUCUGAGCCACCCAAGCAGAAGCGCGGCCGCCCGCGGAAGUACACCCCAGAUGGUACCAAGCCACCAGCUAUCUUCCCGGCACCAUAUCCUAUUGGUGUUGUCGCUUCCCCGACACCUGUUCUACCCCCGGGCUUCACGUUGGGAUUGUGGGGCGUAGGCGUCGUGAGGCCCCAGGCACCACUGCCGUCGCCAUUACCGCCACCACCCUUUGAGAAUUCAAAACAACGGGCCAAGAAGAAGAGGGUAUGGCCGCCGAGGUCCACAACCAGCAAGAAGCAGCGGGAGUUGGCAGUAGCAGAGCCAGAUGCGACUGGAUUCGUUCCUCAGGUCAUCACAAUCCAAGGUGGAGAGGAUGUAGCAGCGAAAGUCAUCUCCUAUUGUGGGAAUGGGUGGGCAGUUUGUAUCCUGUCUGCCGAGGGCGCUGUAUGCAAUGUGACACUGAAGCAACCAGCUUCUUCCUGUGGAACUGUUAUUUAUGAGGGCUAUUUUGACAUUGUCUCUUUGUCUGGCAUGUAUCUGCUGUCAAAAAGUAAUGGACUGAGCACUCUAAAAGGUGGAUUCAGUAUUUCGCUUGUUGGUCAUGAUGGAUCUCUCUUCGGCGGUGGGUUAGCAGGACCUCUGAUUGCAGCUUCACCUGUUCAGGUGGUCUUUGGAAGGUUUGCCGCUGAUGAAAAAGAGGAGAUCAAACAGGAUGUGGCCAGUGGAAGGUUUGCAGCUGAUGAAAAAGAGGAGAUCAAACAGGAUGUGGCCAGUGGAGGGUUUGCAGAUGAUGAAAAGGAGGAGAUCAAACAGGAUGUGGCCAGUGGAGGGUUUGCAGCUGAUGAAAAAGAGGAGAUCAAACAGGAUGUGGCCAGUGGAACUCCAGGUGCUACUACACCGACUGCUGCCCCGAAUGAAACCUCCAGUGGCCCAGGAAGCCCAUCAAACUAGAGUCCGGCUUGCACAUUCAACACAGAUUUCCUAUUUCCAGAUGCCAGUCAGCUUAAAUUCCAAGCUUUUCGCUCCUAGCUCCAAAUGCUUAUUUUUCCCUACUAUUUCCAGACGCUUAGCUUUCUGCUCGUACUUGUUGAACUUUUCAGUCUCGUUAUAUGUUGUAUGGCCCAUGCGUGUGGUCAAGUUAUGUUUUUGAACCUGAAUGAUGCUUCGUGAUAUUAUAGUUAAUGAAACAUUUCAUGGUCAUAUUGCGCA